UGGAAAAAGGAUGUAGGGAUAGAUACUUGUUGCUACUUUGAAGAAGAAAAAGAAGUCGGUGCUAGCUAUUGGGUUAACAUGGAAGUUAAAGAAGCAAUAGCAGAAAGUUAUAUGGAUAGCAAAUCACCAAGCAAGAAGGCAUCUGAGGAGCUGGCACGUGAGUUGCUUAUUGGUAUCUCUAACUCUUUACCAGACAGGAUUCUGGAUUCAGAUUUUGUGCCUGAAAGCAAGAAAGCAGAUGGAUUUGCAAGACCAAACAGUGAUUGGGAUGACAAGUUUAGGUCUGAAUUGAUUUCAAUCUCUUAUGUUGAAUCUCCCGAUGUCAAAAUCUGAUAAAUUACGACGGUAAUCUGGACUCUGUCAAGUGUUAGUAACAUGUGCGGCACUCCUGGUUUGUCAUGUGGUUGAGUUCCCGCUGUGUCAAUGUAAUGACUUGUUAUA